AUGGCGGCCGCAUUGGGGCUCCCAGACGAUGAGAUCGACAGGUUAUUAUCGCAAGCUGAAACCCGGCUCUCUGGCAUUGGCAGCGUAGACACCGUUGCCAUCGCUACCGCUCCGGCCGCAGGGACAGUGGCACCUGUCGCUGCGUCUCUCGCGCCCGCCGCUGGGGAACAAGCAGCCGCUCUGGAGAAAAAGUCCGAGAAGCUGUCUGUACGGGUUCCCCAGCUUGCCCAGAAACAGAAGGGACCCAAAGACACCUUAGGCGCCGACUGGUUUAAUCUACCACGUACCAACUUGACGCCCGAGCUAAAGCGCGAUCUGCAGGCCUUAAGGAUGCGUGACGUGGCGGCCAUGGGCAAGCAGUUUUUCAAAAAGGAUUCUCGCAAGGGCUUGGUCCCAGAAUACAGCCAGGUUGGGACCAUUGUGGCUGGGCCAACUGACGGGGCGAGGAACCGCCUCACACGCAAGGAGCGCAAGCAGACUAUCGUCGAGGAGCUCAUGGCUGCAUCGAACACCAACAAGCUCAAGAGCAACCACGCAGAGAUGAGUACGCCACGGUUGAUGAGGCCAUUACGGCCUCUUCUUCAGCGGCAAUUGCCCCUUACCACUCCUCGAUUGGCACCUACCACACCCCCUCGCGUCUCGGCCCAGCUCCGAACCUAUGCUUCGGUCGCCGAAGCAAACGAGAACUCUGACGAUGUAUCGUCCAAGCCCCGCGUCUCCCGCAUGCCCCGCGCAUUAGAAGCCCUUUACCUUCAACCUCUCCGACGCGAAGCCGAAUUCGGGGUGCCUUCGUGCGACCUACAAUUGCGCUCUUACUCGCUACGGAACCUCGAAUUCUUUUGCGACUUUGCCCUGCGUGCGGCGUACUUUUGCGGUCUACCGGCGUUCGGACCAGUGCCCUUACCGCGUAUGGUCGAGCGUUGGACGGUGCCCAAGUCGACUUUCAUUUUCAAGAAGAGCCAGGAAAACUUCGAACGUAUCACGAUGCGUCGGUUGAUACAGAUUCGCGAUGGGCACCCGGAGACAGUGCAAUUAUGGUUGGCAUUCUUGCAGAGGCAUGCGUACUACGGUAUUGGUUUGAAGGCGAAUGUGUGGGAAUUCAGCAAGCUGAGCAUCGGCAAAGAGAUGGACAACCGCUUCAAGGAGACGGAGAAGCUUUUGGAGGAGAAAUGGGAGCACCUAAAUUUCGUGGAACGGCGGCCGAAGGACCCGUCAGAGAAGACCACGACGCCGGAGAAUCGUUUGGCGCCGGAGGAUGUAGCAGAGUAUAUGGCGAGGCGCCGGAGGGAACUUACGGGCGGCCGCACUCGGGCGAAUGAAAGCCGGAUAGGGAACGCAACAGGACUACCAGAAGCCCCCGGAUCUCUGAUAGCCUCAGCGACGGGGGAUGGUUCAAAUCCAAGUUCGCAGCUAUCAGCGGCUUACAAAGUCAUCUUCUCUGGGAUCCAGCCCACCGGCAUACCGCACCUGGGGAACUAUGUUGGUGCUUUGCGGGAGUGGAAGAGGCUGCAAGAUAGGGCCGGGCCUGGCACUAAACUGCUAUUUUGCAUCGUCGAUAUGCAUGCCUUGACCUCCCCGCGGCCGGCAGAGGAGCUGAAGAAGGGCCGGUUGGAGAUGCUAGCCAGUCUCCUUGCUAUCGGGAUCGACCCCAAAAAGUCGACUAUCUUCUUCCAAUCGAGCGUGCCUGCUCACACCGAGCUGCAAUGGAUUCUCAGUUGCACGGCAUCGACCGGCUACCUGUCGCGCAUGACACAAUGGAAGGUAAUAAAUCAUGGCGCCGCUGAUAUCUUGUUGUACCAAACCACACACGUUCCUGUCGGUGACGACCAGCGUCAGCACGUCGAAUUUACCCGAGAGUGUGCCACCAACUUCAACCAUGCAUACAAGAUGAGGUGUCUGAUUCCACCGAACACGAUGUCCACAAUCUCCCGACGCAUAAUGUCGCUCACCGAUCCGUUGAAGAAGAUGUCCAAGUCGGACCUCUCCGGUAAAACGCGUAUCUCCAUCAUCGACACACCUGACCAGAUCACCAGAAAGAUUAACCGUGUGAGGACGGACAAUUUUCCCACCAUCCAGUACGACCCAAUCAACCGGCCGGGCGCGGCCAAUCUGAUACGAAUUAUGGCCGCCUUUGACCCGAAAGGCCGUACCGUGGACCAGUUGGGCGAGGAGAUGACUGGAAAAAAGUACAGCGAGCUCAAGGAUGUUGUUACACCACUUGUUAUCGACGGACUCGCUGGCCUCAGCGAGCGAUACGAGCACUUCAUCUCUGAUCCUGAAAAAUUGCUGGAUAUUGCUCGUGCUGGCGGGGUGGUUGCCCGGGCAAUGGCGGACGAGACAAUGAGGCAAGUGAGGGAACUCGUGGGCACCACACCGGUGUGA